AUGACUGGUGGACAGCCACUUACUAAGUACUUAGCUGCCUGCAUAGGGAAAGCUUGUAAAUUCCUUCUGUGCGUGUAUGGAGGCUCAGAGUUUGCAGGCGCGACUGUAGCGAAAAUAACUAAUCCAAAUGAUUUCACCGAAUUUGGAUGCGGAAAACCAUUUAAUAUGCCUGGGCUGGAAAUUAAAAUAGUCGACAAGAACGCAGAAAUAGUGUCCGUUAAUCAUAGAGGAGAAAUAUAUAUUCGAUCAGAGGCCAUGUUUACGGGCUAUUUCAAUGAUCCGGAGAGAACAAAAGCCGUGCUCUCCGAAGACGGAUGGUAUAAAACAGAUGAUAUUGGGAGGAUGACCGAAGCUGGCGAAUUCUUUGUAGAGGGUCGAAAGUCCAAUAUGAUUAUUUCAGGGGGAUUUAACGUUGCUCCAGAGAUUCUUGAGAAUGUUAUGAAAACUUUCCCAGGUGUAGAUUCCGUCAUUAUUGUACCAGUUCCAGAUGGCGUUUACUAUCAAGUGAUGUGUGCUUGUGUUGUUAAAAAAGGAGAUUGCGAAAUAAGCGAAGAAGAUAUUCGAAAAAACUGCCACGAGUAUCAUGCAGACAAACCAGGACUUUUUACAGUUCUUCCGAAAUACUACAUGUUCCUUGAAUCGUUUCCUGAAACUAGAAGUGGGAAAACUCACCGGAUGGAGUUGGAAAAGAUAGCACUUCAACGAUUUCGUCAGAGUACUUUCUAA